AUGAGGAAGGAGAGGCGACACCGAUACCAUCAGAACACGAUGGCGGAAGAUGAGGAGGAGGAGGGGGAGGAGGCGGAUGAGGGUUACAGAGAAAGGAAUUACAAGGAGGAGCGUUAUACGGAGCAUGGGGAGGAUAGAGAUGAGUACGAGAAUAAUGGAGAGGAAGAAGAGGGCACGUUUGCGGAGGGCAGGCUGGAGGAAGGCAAGUUGGAGGAGGAUAACAAGCGGAGUGGAGAAGGGCUGUUUGAGAAUGGGGCGAGGGGUGAAGAGGAGAGGAUGGAGAGGCAAGGCUAUGGAGGCAUGGAGAGGGGGGAGGAGGAGGAGGAGGUGGACGAGAGAGGGGAGAGGGACUAUGGGGAGGGGAGAGGUUAUAGGUUGGUGGAUGAAGAGAGGGAGGAUCUUAAGAAUGAGGAGAGUGAAGGAGGAAUGGAUGAGAGAGUGGACGAUAGGGAUGGGUAUGAAGAAGGGGAAAAACCGAGUGUGGGAAAGAUACAGGCGGAAGAGGAGGUUGGGGUUCAGAAAGAGGGAGAAGAGGGCAGGGGGACAGGGAGAAGAGGGCAGGGGGACAAGGACGAGGAGGUUGCGACUGGACAGGCUAUUGUGGGGGAGGUCGUAUCUGUGCAACGGGAGAGAGACGCCUAA